CAACGCACGCGCACAGUACCAACCCGACCACCGCCCGCGCGGCCGCGAUGCCCAUCGCAACGACAAUCGACAACGAAACGCUAUUAAAACUAAACUAAAAACACCAAAAACAAAACGCGCGACUACUCGAAUCCUUCAAAAAUUCAAAUUUCGAAUUUAUACUUUUUAAAUCUCACAACAAGUUGAGCAUAUGGCCAGUCCAAGGAUGUGAACUUUUUUUGUUUCUCAACAGUGCAUUGAAAUGUGGAUCUUAUGUGUAUAGUGUAAAGUUCAGUUUUAAAGUGUUAAGGAUUAAAAUAAGUAUUAAAAAAGACUGAGCCAUGUGGAGUAUACUUCUAGUCUUGGCGCUUUUAGCGACCGCGCGUUCGAAACAGCUCCCGACUUCCACAGAGCUAUCCACAACAGCGAUAGCGAAAGCGACAGACGAGGACACAACGCCAUGGCCCGGCUCUCUCGCUCCUUUAGAUACGCUGGCCGUCGCGUGCGAGCGAGACAGCAUGCAUGUCACCAUCACGCUGGCGCACAACUCUAUUUUUGGAGACAGCCUCUACGACACGUUCAACGGCAUAGUGUACCCAGCAGGUCUGGGCAGCAACUCAUCCUGCCUCCGGGAGUACGUGGCGGCGCGGGGAGACUUGCAGUACACCCUGCCUCUGAAGGGCUGCAACACCAUGUCUACUGAUAACGACGAUGGCACUGUAGAAUACUUCAACAAUAUCAUAGUCCAGCCCCACCUCCGCCUGGUCACCGGGCAGGGUCGCGGCUAUCAUGUACUGUGCAGAUAUAGACGGCGGGAUUUGUCACAGUUCCACAUCUACCCUCGAGCUUCGGCCCUUAGCUCCAAUACUUUGGAUGAACAAGAGGAUUUCGACGAAGACUCGGGUCUGCUGCCAUCCGUUACGAUGAAGAUUUACAAAGGGGACCCGAAAGAUAAACAGGUGGCGUCUAACGUACGGAUCGGCGACACGCUAACCCUAGUGGUGUCUCUAGAGAAACAGAGACGUUUCGGUCUCCUCGUCUCCGAGUGUUCCGUGAGAGACGGACUGGGCUGGGCCGAACAGACUUUAAUAGCUGAUGACGGUUGCCCGUUAGACGGCGAGAUAAUGGGCAUGUUCCAAUACGGCGACGAACGACAGGACGCACGCGUGUCGUUUCCGGCACACAAGUUCCCAUACACCGCCAGCGUGUAUUACACAUGCGAAGUGAAAUUGUGUGACUUGAACCAUCCCACCGACUGUGAACCGUGCUCUCACAAGCGGCGCGUGCGCCGUCAAGAAGAAGGCUCACCGGCCACCGUGGAAGUGUUCUCCGGACUUUAUGUCAACGAGCAAGACUCGCUUGACAACGAGGUCACUAGUGAGAAGAAAGACGACGAGAUCUGCAUAUCGCAGCGUAACUUCGCCAUCGGCAUUUGCAUCGCCGGCGUCAUCCUCAUGGCGUGCGUCAUCGCCGCCAUCGCUUGCAUCCUCGCGCGCAGGCGCGGCAAGAGCCAUUCCGGCAGCUCGCUGUACAGUGGCCCUUAUACUAAUACUGGGUAUUCACAUACUAGCUAAAAUAUACUUCCAAACUGUACACAUCACUCUGAUGUGUUUACAUCAGUACUUUUGGUUCAUCCAUUAAUUACGUCACACGAAUUUGGAGGUUUUUUGACCCCUCCCCCCUCCUUGUCACAUUUGGCAAACCCCACCCCCCUGGUGGGACGUCACAUUUUUUCAAUGAAGUAUUAUUAAUAUUUUCAAAAGAUUUUUGACAAAAAUAUUAUUAGUACUUUUAUAACCCAAAACAGAUAAGGAAAGGAAAUUAAACGAUUAAAAAAGAUUAUCGUUCCAAAAACUUGUUAUUUAAUUGUACUGCGAAUAAAAUAAUUUAAAUAAGUUAAUGUGACGUCACAAAGUUCGUGACUCCCCCCUCCCCCUUUUCACAACUCACAUUUUCUUGACCCCCUCCCCCAAUAAACGUGUGAUGUAAUUAAUUGAUGACCCCUUUCCCAUUUCGUCAGGUGACAACCGAAACUCACUAAUUACCACCACAAGUUCAUAGCCAUAGUGAACCAUACCUUUUUAAUUAUUUUUUUGUAAUUAGUUUCGUUUUGGUUGUCACCUGACGAUUUGUUUGCUUCUUUUACAGCCUCUUUAUUUCAACCCUUAAUUUCGCAAGUCAAGGUGCUGAACUCAAACCUUGCUUGACACUAAAUAAUUUUAAUGAAUUAGAAAGCAAAUACAAAAAAGGGGCCAGUUUAAGGGUUCUGGCUUUGAAAUUAAGGGUUAAACGUACCUCUUACACAUUCUAAGGAACGUGACGAAAAUGUCAAACAUGGGAAGUAUUCUAAAGUAUAGGAGGAGGCUGUUACGGAAGCAAAAAAAGAGGAAAAUGUUUAAUAAAAUUGUUGGAGGGCAGGCUGUAACGAACUAAGAUAUACUUAGUUUAAAAAUAAACAAAACAUCACAAAAGGGUAAUCAUUAUCAGUAUAAGUAUUCAAACAAUUUUGAAAAAAAUUAAGGAAUUAAGUGAAAAAUAAAAGAACAUAAUGUCGGAUAAACUUUUGGGGGUUGUAGCAAUACCAAUGAAAUUGUUAUUUCUUGCUCAUUUCAUUAGUGUAAAGGCGUAUCACAACCUCAAAAUAAAAUAUCGGGUUAAAAUUAGUUCUAUUUCAUAACUUCUUAGUGUAAAAACCUAGUAGUUAUGUUUACAAAAAGAAGUUAUGCUUAAAUAGUCUUGUGGAAUAAAUACAAAAUAACAUUAUAUCACAAUUUAAACGCUUUUGUCGGUUUCAAAGACAUCGAAUAAAUUAGAUAGUGGAUAGUCGGGUUGAGAAACGAAUUAAUAAUGUAAUAUUAUUAAAAUAAAAAUAGGUGUUCCUUGCGAGAUUUUUAUCGCAAUAUUUUAUGUUUAGCUACAUUUUUUUUAUGUAUUCUAAUUAUUAUCAUGUCUCGUGUUCUAAGCAUUGGCCAACAAUUUGAUAGUCAAAAAACAAAUUUCGAAAGACAGAAUGUUAGUAUAUUUAAAAUAAAGUUUGUGACGUUUGUGUACCUUAUAGAUGUCAAAAAUGUCACUAGAUGUCAAGAAACUUCCAACGUCGUAACCAGUUACAAUCAUAUUAAAUAUUACAGUUUCGUAACUGGUUACGAAAAUUCGAAAAAAUGUUAUUAGCCUUCAAAUUAGAAAAAUCUGUCUGUUUAAUGUAGGAACACCUCAUUCAGUCAUACUUAGCAUAAGUUUAGUUUUACAUAUAUGUAUUUAGCAGUACCAUGGAAUUUAGAUAUUUAUGUUGUGAUAAUGAUAUCGAAUCCGUCCUGUAGCAAUAUUUUUAGUUGCAAUUAUGUUCAUUUACAACGUAACGUUUAACUAUUAACAUUUAUUUUCUAUAUUAAGUCAAAGUUGACUUGAGUAAAUAUUUAAUUUUGUAUUUUCUUAUAACCAGGGACUUGUCAUAUAGGCCAGUUUUGCAUGAUUGUGUGCAAAUAGGGCCUUUUACCUCCAAGGUGGUGGGAUACUUUCCUCUAUACAGUGUUUUUGUUACUUACUCAUUAACGGUAACUGAAAGGUUUGAACAAAUUUGUUCUAUUAUGAACAAAUGUCUUAUUACUAAAACGGGAAUAUUUGCAAUUUUUGCUAAACGAGUACAGAAAUAAUUAAAAACAUUUCUUCUCAAUAAUUUUCUGCCGUUUUAAAUAAUUUGUGGAUGCCAUAUUCCUUAAGUUAUUAUUAAGUCCUUCUUAUAUGCCAUUUAAGUAAUUGGUGCUAAAACUUAUCUGUAUACUCACACUUAUUUUAAUAUAUGACAGAACAAAAAAACACUCGUAAUUUUACAGAAUUGUAAUAAAUAUCGUUAUUUUCUUUUGUUGAUCAAAAUAAACAAUUUCGUAACUUGUUACGAAAUAUGAAAACAACCUGUUUAUUCAUGAAAUAAAACUGAAAACGGACCCUGUUUAUUAUUAUUUUUUUGUCUUAUAUUAAAACAAGAUGUAAAUCACUGCUUAUCCUGUGUAUUUGUGUACAAGAAUGAAUAUAAUCGGUAUGUGUUUCAUACUUACCUCAUUGUGUACUAAUCCCGAUCUUAACUAGAUUUUAAAGACAAUGGGGUUCUGGAACCAUAUCGGCAUGAGACUGUAUGCAAUAUUUUUUUAACAAAUAUACUGACUUAAUUAAAA